CCCUUGCCUCCACUGUGACUAGAUCAUCAAUAGGCUUAAUCAGCCACAUCUUUAUAUCCACACCACAACCCGGACCUGUAAUGCCUGAUGGAAACCAUAUUCAACCACCAGGGAUCCCAGAGGUGUGUGUGGAGGAAGUCAAAAGGGACAGUAAGGCCAGGGGUUGUGGUGUGAGAGGCUGGGACUGGGCCCGGAGCAUGGAGCUGUGCUAAGGAAGGUUCUAGAUCCAAGGCUAGGGGCUGUGAUUAAGACCUAGUAUUGGAUUGAGGCUGUAAUGAUGCAGCCACAGAGGCCUUGUCUGUCCAGGUGGAGGGUCCUGCUCUGGUCCACACUACUCCUCCUCAGUCCCCUCAGAGUCACAGGGCAUCCCUAUACAAUUGUAGAAGAUGGCUUGCCUUGGGAGGCCGGGAGUGGUGACCAAACUGUGAGACGAGAAAAUUGGAACCCAUGUCUGGGGGGCCAGGAUGUGUUUUCCACGGUUAGAGAGAACAGCAUGAUGGGAGAACUUAUCAUUGAGCUUAACACAGAGCUGACAGCCAAUGAUGUUGUCUGGAACCUGACUGGGGAGGAUUCUGAUUGGUUCUUCCUGGAAGGGCGGAGCAUCAGACUCAAGGCCCCAUUGGACAGAGUUCUGGACCGGGAGGUUCAGGGCCCAGUCCUGAUGGCAGCGUUGACCUGCUUUGAGGAGGACAUUGUGCAGAGUGAGUACAGGAUCGUGGUGGAGAUUCUAAAUGAGAAUGAUAACACUCCUGAGUUUGUGGAGAGCACCAUUCAGCCUCGCAGCAUCAGUGAGCUGGCUGAGGUGAAUACAGUGGUGUUUACAGUCCAGGCCACAGAUGCAGAUGAUGACACCAUCAUGUACUCCAUCGACCAGACCUCGCCUGAUUCUGCAUACUUCAGAGUGGAUCUCCCUAACAGUGGAGAGGUGAUACUGGCCAAGCCUCUGGACUACGAGACCAAAACACAACUAGAGAUUACCAUAUCCGCUUUGGAGAUUAACACUGCAGAGAAGUUCAACACCAGUGCCAUCCUGAUCGUGAAUAUCUUGGACAGAGACGACCAGUACCCACAUUUCCUGCCGUGCACGCCCAUCUCCAACAACCAAUCAAAUCGUGUCUGCACCAAUCCCAUCUACAUGGUUAACAUCACAGAAGGAGAACAGGACAUUCUUCUGGACUUCUCUCCCGGGCCAAUCAAUGCUGUGGAUGGAGACAGAGGCCUCAGCACACCUCUCAGCUACAGCAUCCUGUCAGGGGCUGAUAGCGGGCAUUUCGUGAUGGAUGAGCUGACAGGGGAGGUGCGUCUGACAAGAGGAGUAGAGAACAGACUACAGACACCCACACUACACCUCCAAGUCAUGGCAUACCAGAGGAAUGACCCUAGGAAGUACUCAGUUGCCACAGUGGUGGUCCGUGUUGUUGCUGUCAACCACUUUCCUCCUCAGUUCAGUUGGCCUGAAUACCAUGGCUUUGUCAUCGAAGGCGACAGCCCUGCCUCACUGGUCAACACUUACGGCAACACUGUGCUGCUGAUACAGACACAGGACAAGGACUUCUCUGAUGUAUGCACACACGCACACACACACACAUACACACAGCUAUACAUGCAUAAUAUAAUAUUCUGUAACUUCAACUCUCUCUUCUCUCAAUCGGUAGUGGCUGUGGAUUUGGAGUCAGGUGAAAUGGACACGGCUCUCAUAAAGGUGGAGGUGCUGUUUGAAGGACAAACAGCUAUACCCUCAACGACCUACAUCCAGCCUAUACUACUCCUACAGACCCCAGUCAUUGCCCUGCUUCACCCAACUCCUCCCAUACACCUGCUACAACCACCACACCUGAACUACUCACAACAUCCACUCAACCCUUGGACAACUCCCAUGCCAGUACUGGAUGAGGUGAAAUUUAAAAAAGAGGGUCUGAGCAGCUCCACCUCCAAGCUACUGGGCAGUCAGAGCAUCUACAGUCCUGCAGACUUCAACUCUUCUCCACUCAAUGUUUUACCUAUAGCUAUACCCUCAACGACCUACAUCCAGCCUAUACUACCCAGCACCACUCCUACAGACCCCAGUCAUUGCCCUGCUUCACCCAACUCCUCCCAUACACCUGCUACAACCACCACACCUGAACUACUCACAACAUCCACUCAACCCUUGGACAACUCUAGCUUUAACACACCCACACUCCCCACACCUACCCCGAAUCUGAUGGAUGAACCUUUAUCUACAGACAGAUUUUCACAUACACACCCCUUCCCUAUUGCAGAAGAGGUAGGUACACCCACUCAGGUAGAAGAGACUCCUAAAGACACCCACCCACCUACCUCACCUACCCAACAGCAGGUACACACACCUUUACCUCCUCCCAUUCUUAUCAACUCACCCCCCCAUGCCACCCCACCUUCUACCUCAAUUACCACACCUCUCCCUCUUUCACCUGCUGCAGACCCAAUACACACUCCAGAGUGUACAGGAGAUACUCACACACCUUUACUUACUCCAGAGCAGGACAGCGUUGGGACACCCCCACCUAAACCCACUACAGGGCAGGCACACAUACCUGUACUGACCACGCCCACCCCAGAGCAGGUAGGACCACCAGGGUACCCUGAGAAGUGCAAACUCUCCACACACAGCCCUGAGACAGCCUCCAUUUGGGAUGAUGACUGCUUCCUGGGGGAUGAGGAGGCCAUCAGGACCAGUGAUGAUGAUGAGGAUGAAGAGCUGGUGAGACUCUGUUUUCGAGUACAGCCCACAUUCCUGAUAACAGACUAUGACAAUGACAUCACUACUGAGAUCCCCCCUAGCAGUGGAGAGGACGAGGGGACUGAGAAUGGCGAAGGAGUGGAGAGAGCGAUGGAAUAG